AUAUAUUGAAACAUUAGUUCCAAACCUUGACAUGACCUUUGGGGCGCAAUGAAGGAAACUGAGGCGGGGUUCUGCUUCCGAGCUCCUCUCCCUGUUUGUGACUUGGAUGAUGACGUACCGCUUUAUCCUGACGCGAAACGAUUAAAGUUAUGCUCAUCUCGUGUCUCAAGUGUUUACGAGCGGAUCUUCAAUCGGAAUUGUCGGGAUCUUAGUGGGAAAGACAAAAGCAACAACAUCACAACUUACAACGGUUCUUCCUUUAAAAAUCUAACACUUUCGAUCAAGUGUUCACUUGUACAUGAUAUCUAAAAGCAUAUGGUCUUAUGUGUGGUGCCAAGUAUCCAAAAGUUAGUCAACGUUCAGGUAACUCAUCAUCAUCAUCACUGCACUUACUAACUUUUCCAAAUCUACUACAUCGCUACACCUUAAUCUGGUAUCUACCAUAACAGUAGUCUUAUUUUCAGUUGCAUUAUUUUCCUGCUUUGAUCGUUUGCUGUCAUCAUCUAGUGAUUAGAAAGAUGUUAAAUAAUGGAAAGUAAUCCGCUCAAACUCAAAAUAUUUCUUCACGUAUUUAUCAUGCCAUAUUCUCAGCAUCCCCUAACGGUAAAUUCUGUUUCAGCUACCAUCCGUGAGUUUGAAGGCAUUUAAUCGGCCUGGUGAUGUUUGUCAUUAUUUCCUACAAAGUUUUGUAUCCGAUAAUCGUAUUUACUCGCAAAAAAUGAAGCAGUCAUCCGUUUUCAGCUCUACUCCGUUUAGUGGUCACACAAAGUCAUCUCUAGAGAAAAAUCACAUCUCAUCUGAAAGGCAGAUAUAUCAACGGUUGUUAGAUAAGGCGUCAUCAUUUUCCCGAACUCCUACUGGCAAACCUACGAAUAAUGCAUGUGGUCCCAUCACUAUAAAUCUUGACGAAAUUAAAGAUAAUCACUAUUCUUUAUUGCGGCAAUGUAAUCUUUCUCCAAUUCUUCCGAGGAACCGAAUCCAGCGAAUUGACGACGCUAGCACAAAUAAUCAAACUGUCUCUAUCCCAUCUUCAGAUACCAGUGAUUCGAAAACUCGUGCGUGGCUUGAAAGUAUUGCAGAAUCUCCCUACUUAUCGGAUAACUGGCUUAACAACUUGACCUCAAGCUAUCAGGCUAAAAAGAAUGAACGUGAACGUGACUAUGAGCUGGCGAGAGCAAACAUACGAUUUUGGGAGAAGCAGCGUACUUCAGCUGAAAAAGAGCGUAUUGACAAUCUUGAACAGAGACUUGCUUGUUUACUAAGAACACCUCCUAUUCUGGAAGAUCCAUAUUUAGUACCCCAACCUAUUCCCAUUGAACUGCCAUAUAAACCUGUCAAAGUUAAAGAACCCAAAGUACCAGCUCUUCCUGUUUUAACUGCACCUCAACUAGCUGAGAUUGAAGCAGCUCUUCGUACUGGUUCUCCAGAUGAAGUACUUGUAGAUAAAUUUAGAUUAGUUAUUACGCGUCGUGAAUUAAUGACAUUAACUGGAACAAAUUGGUUAAGCGAUAUGGUAAUCAAUUUCUACCUACAAUUGUUACAACAUCGAAGUCAACAUCAAACAAAUCUUCCUCGUAUCGCUGUUUUAUCAACAUUUUUUUAUGCAAAGUUAACAGCACCAAUAGGUGGAGGUUAUUCAGGAGUACGACGUUGGACGCGACAAUCAAAAUUAUUUGAUCAAGAUAUUGUACUUAUCCCAAUUCAUGACAGAGGAAUGCAUUGGUGUUUAAGUUGUAUUGAUUUACGUGUCAAAACGAUAACAUAUUACGAUUCCAUGGGUUCUCGUAACGUGAAGUGUUUGGAACAGUUAAUGGAUUAUUUGAAAAAUGAAUCAUUAGACAAAAGAAAUGUUGAACUGCCAGAUCCGGAUUCUUGGAAACUCGUUAAUACAGAGGACACUGUGCCUCAGCAGUACAACGGUUCCGAUUGUGGUGUUUUCCUCUGUACAUUUGGUGAAUUCAUCUCUCGUGAUGCUUCAUUUACAUUUAGUCAGGUAAUCUAUUCAUUUUCAAAUUGUUAUCCAAUUUUCGCAAAACCAUGUAUGUGUAUGUUUUGUUAAUUUAUCGUGUUAUUUAUGACGUUGAUUUUUAAUACUUACCAAAUAUUAUUUAAUAAUUGUAUUAUUGUAUUUGUAUAUAACAGUCUGAAACAACACAUUAGUUAGAUUAUGAGGUUAGAAGUUAUAUUAGUUUGUUGUGUGAAUAUAUGUCGGUUAUACUAUCAAUAAAAGUAUUUCUGUCAUCGUUCAUUUCGCUGUUAGGAAUUUCAGUGGUUACCGUAUACUUAACUGAGUUUUAGUUUAUAAAGUUCAGUCAGACGUUUAAGAUCGAAAAAUCAGUUUUUUAUGUUACUUUGUUUCAGUUUCAGUCAGUCAUCUACAAAGUAGGACCAAGCAAAUAUAUUCAUAGGUUCACGUUGCCGUACCUCAUUAGCAGAACAAGAUGAUCACCAAAUUCAUAGAAGCAGUUACUUCAAUAAUAGUAAGAAAAGAUUUCAUAUAAGGUUAUGAUACAGGGAGGAAAAUUUAGUUCGUAGAAAUAAAGGCAUGAAAUAAUUUUAAUCUCACGGUUUAAAGAAAGACAAAGAGUGUAUACACCUACGCUAUUGCUAUCGAUUCUGAACCAUAUCUCCCAGAGUCUCCAACCAUUGGUUGUGAUAGUCAUGUGGACCACAACCAAGUAAUCUGUAUCUACCAACAUGGCUCAAACUAGAAGUUAACAACUUUAUGGACUGAUGCUACGUUUUGCUUUGGCCGCCCCUAAAUGUCUUCCAUCCAUCUGCAAUACUGGUCAGGAUUGCACACCGUGGUAAUCUGUGUUCAGGCAUGUGUAGCACGUGGCCCAACCAUCUCAGUCGAUGUAGAUUCACAACCUCAUCAACUGAUUUACCAUCAUUCCCUAAUACUCUGGCGUCUAAUCUCACUGUUAUUUACCCGGUGAUCCCAACAUUUAUGAUCAAACUUAAUAAUGUAGUUUUUAGCGAUGUGUUUAACACCGAAGGAUUUUAAAAUUCAUGGUCCAACCGUUCAAAAAUCCCAAUCUUAUUAUAACAAAAAAGUAUCUGAACGAAUAAUAUUUGUUUCAUUAAUUCAUAACUAGAUUUAUAUAUUUAUCAGUUUGUAGGUGUCAUUACCAGGGUUUGACUUGAUAAUUUCGAAUCUAAUGUGUAGUAAUCUACAGUGAAACAUCAAGGAACUGAUGAACAUUUAGGGCUUUUUCAAUAUAAAGUAGAUGUAUGUGAUCGUAAACCAUUACAAAUAUUUGGUUACGUCGUCUGUAUAAUAUCGAAUGAAGAAGAUAUAUACGGAAUUCAUGUCAGAUUGUUAGAAAUAGUCAAAAGGGAGACAUUACUCAACUUAGGUUUCUCACUAAUUGACAGUUUAUUGCAAGAUAUAAUCAGAAUUUUCAUGAAAUUCUACUAAGACCAAUUUAAUAUGACCUUGACCACUUCUCAAUGUUCAUUAAACUCUAAUUACCUCAAUCGUUUGAGAAAUUAAUCCCUACACGAAGAGCUUAAUGAUAACGUCUUAGAUUCAUUUAUCAGUUCAUUGAAUGUAAUCUAUACCACUUCUGACGUAAAUGUUUGAUUAUAUGUGUAAUCAUCUAUAACAGAUACUCACUAGCUAUUCAUGUAUAUAUAUAUAUAUAUAUAUAUAUAUAUAUAUAUAUUCAUACAUAAUUCAUUUCAUUUAUAUUAUAUUCUGUUUUCGGUUGCUUAUCUAAUUACAAAGGAUGAUAUGCCAGGAAUACGUAAACGUAUGAUAUAUGAAAUAUUGACACAACAGUUAUUAACUACAAAUUUCAAAUUAAUUAAUGAUGAUAAAUAAAGAAAAAAACAAGAUGUUUUUGUUUUAAAUAGAGAUUCUUUUUUCUGCAAUCGUUGUUCUUUUCUUUUUUCUUUCUCUCUUUUUCUUCUCUCUGUUGUACUGUAUUGUAUGUAUGUAUGUAUGUCUUCUGUGUCUUUGUUUUCCCCUUACAAAUCUGUACACAAUACCUUUUGUUUAUAAAAGAGUUUAAAAAACUUUAUUUUUGUUUAAAAAAAUAUAUUCAUAAUAUUCUAUUUCUAUUUAACUGAAUAGAAAGAAUUUCGAUUGUUUC